AUGGUUUCUUUGGAUCCCCGAGAGGAAGUCAUUCAAGCAUGGUAUAUGGAUGAUAGCAAUGAAGAUCAACGUCUUCCCCAUCACAAAGAACCCAAGGAGUUCGUCUCAUUGGAUCAACUUGCUGAACUUGGAGUCCUUAGCUGGAAAUUAGAUGCCGAUAACCCUGACACAGACCCAGAGCUGAAGAAGAUCCGUGAAGAACGCGGUUACUCUUACAUGGAUGUUUGUGAGAUCUCCCCAGAAAAGAUGCCAAAUUAUGAUGCGAAGAUCAAGAGCUUCUUUGAAGAGCAUCUACACAUUGACGAGGAGAUCCGUUACACUGUUGCUGGAAGUGGUUACUUUGAUGUAAGGGAUCGCAAUGAGGCUUGGAUUCGUGUAUGGGUGAAGAAAGGGGGAAUGAUCAUUUUACCUGCUGGAAUUUAUCACCGUUUUACAUUGGAUGAGGGCAAUUAUAUUAAGGCUUUGCGAUUUUUUGUUGGUGAACCAGUUUGGACCCCAUACAAUCGCCCACACGACCAUCUCCCUGCAAGAGGGGAGUAUAUCAAGAAUUUUGUGGAGAAGGAUGUUGCCAACCAUACUGUUGGCGCCACUGCAUAA